AUGGCUUCGCCCUCAGCCACAGACUCUCCAGAAGAGGAGAGCACCGACGUCCCCGAGGUGACGCAAACAGAGACGAGAGCGGCCGUGUCGCGACUCCGGGCUAAGAACACAGCGCCCGGACCCGACGGAGUUCCUGGUCGAGCUCUCGUCCUGGCUCUGAAGGAGCUAGAGCCCCAGCUGAAAGGGCUCUUCACGGCAUGUCUCGAGCAGGGUCAGUUUCCCAGUGUGUGGAAGGAGGGGAGGCUGGUCCUGCUCAGGAAGGAGGGGCGCCCCGCGGACUCACCGUCCGCGUACCGGCCCAUAGUGCUGCUCGACGAGGCGGGCAAACUUCUUGAGCGCAUCAUCGCAGAUCGCCUCGUCAGCCACUUGUGCAGAGAGGGGCCGGACCUGGACGAGAACCAGUUUGGUUUUCGUCGCGGGCGCUCCACCAUAGACGCUAUUACGCGCGUGAGGGCCCUGGCGGAGGAGACAGUAUCCCGGGGUGGGGUGGUGCUGGCGGUGUCCUUAGACAUCUCCAACGCCUUCAACACCCUACCCUGGAGUUGUAUUCGGGAGGCGCUGAAUUACCAUCGCGUGCCUCCCUACCUCCGCCGCACAAUAGGGGCUUACCUUGAGGAGAGAUGCGUUACCUAUUGGGGACGUGACGGCGCUGGUCGGCGCGUCAUGUCGUGCGGUGUUCCGCAGGGAUCGGUCUUGGGACCGCUCCUGUGGAACAUCGGCUACGACUGGGUGCUGAGAGAGGUUGAAAAGGAGGCAGUAUCAGAUACUGGAAGCGGUGGAAAUCGGUCGCGUGGGACGUCUUCCGCUAGGAAACGUCCAGUGUGCCGGUCUUCAGAAGAGGAAGGCCUGCCGGCUCCCAAGUUGCCGACUUCGGGGAGGGGUCGGCAGGCAUCGAGAGGGGCGAGUGCUUCGCAGCCGCGGAGGGAUAAGCACGGACGAUUCGUGUGCUCCAAUACCUCGGCGGCUAGUGAAGCAGAUAGUGACAUGGGGUUCACUACGGAGGACCCUGGCGAUGGCGGUGAAAGCUGUGCCUCGCUGGGGAGCUCAAAGGCGGAGCUCAAUGCCGCCAAGAGGGAGCAGCGCAAAGCCGUCGCGGCCGACGAAGUGUCGGAAAUGGCCCGACGUGCUCGCGAGCGACGAGCUGCUCUUGCGGCGGAAGGGGGAGAGCCAUCUGCGGUGGCCUUAAGCCAGCUGGCUCUGGAUGGGGUGGACUUAGUCCUGAAGGUUGCCACCAAGUCUGGCAGCCUGAAGGGCACGUUCACCCGUGGCUUAAAGGAGGCUGCCGCGGAUAUCAGGGAGGCGGUUGGCAUCCUCCUCAACAGGACGGCCUCUGACGAGGUCGCAAAGUUGCAGGAGGAAAACAGCCGCCUCAGAAAUGACUUGGAGGACCUCCGACGGCAAGUCGCUGCGCUGAGCGAAGAGCAGCAGCGACGCACGUCCACCGAUGCCGCACCUGUAGUGGCCCCGACUCCCGCACCGCAACCGGCAAGCCCUCGUACCGACGAAGAGGUCGAGCGCAUUGUCCGGAUCUGCAUGCUCCAGUGCGGGAGCAUGGUUAAUGCUCGGCUGGAGGCGAUUUCACGGCGUCUCCCGGCGGAAAUCCUCCGUCCGCCUUUGGCGGCGGACACUCGGAGAACUGAGGAGCCGCCGAGACUUGCGCCUCAAAAGGGGAAGCCCGCGGAGGGUAAUAAAAAGCCCGCGGAGGGAGCUCCUCCGAGCAACCAGCCCACGACUGCCGGGUCUAAGGGUGAGACCUGGGCGAAAGUCGUGGGCCGCAAGAAGGCCCGCAAAGCCGCCAAGAAGGCCGCAGCAGCCGCAUGUGCCCCAGGGGGAACCACAAAGACGGCUCCUAAACCUGCACAGCGGACUGCCAAAGGCGGUCGCAAGAGACCGGCUGUACAUGUUCCGCGGUCCAGCGCUGUGACAAUAACGUUGCAGCCUGGAGCUGUGGAGCGUGGCGUGACGUACCAGUCGGUCAUCGCCGAGGCCAAGGCCAAGAUCAAAUUAUCUGAUCUUGGCCUUCAGUCCGUCACCCUCAGGCAGGCUGCCACGGGUGCACGGCUGUUCGAGGUGGCUGGCACUGUGAGCGGCAGUGCCGAAAAGGCGGACGCACUGGCCGCCAAGAUGAGGGAGGUCCUCAACCCUGAGGACGUCCGGGUCUCCAGACCAAUGAAAACCGCAGAGGUGCGGAUUGCUGGCCUGGACGACUCCGUGACCUCUGAGGAGGUGGUGGCGGCCGUUGCCAGAAGCGGAGAGUGUCCGCCGGACAAGGUGCGGGCUGGCGAUAUACGCACCGACGCCACCGGACUCGGCGCGGUCUGGGUUCGGUGCCCUGUAGCGUCGGCGAAGAAGAUCGCCGAUAGCGGCAGAUUGCUGGUAGGCUGGGUGGCGGCUAGGACCAAGCUCUUACAGCCCCGGGCUUUGCAGUGCUUUCGGUGCCUAGAAAAAGGGCACGUCCGGGCGAAGUGCACCGCCGAGGUUGACCGUAGUGACCUCUGUUAUCGCUGCGGCCAGCCUGGCCACAAGGCUGCCCUGUGCACCGCGGCGCUAAACUGCAGCCUUUGUUCUGCUGCGGGAAGGCCAGCGGAGCACAGAGUAGGCGGAGGGGCCUGUGGGGCGCCUGCCAGCAAGAAGAAGAAAAAAGAAAAGAAGAGGAGUACUAAGCCUGCCGGGUUAACCUCGCUGCCCCCGCAGGCUAGCAGCUCCGCGGCCGACUCCCGGCCCAGGACCGUUGCUGAGGGGAUGGAAUGUCAAUAA